AGCGAGGAGGAGGGUUUUAAGUCAGUGGGAGAAAGGAACAAUUUGAUAGGCAGCCCGUGUGUGUCUCCGUUUCAAUGGUUACAAGCCCAGCACACAACGCACUGUGAGGGAACAGCUUGAGAAAACAAAAGAGUUUCUGCUGUUGCUGCGAGUGAAGAGUGCUCGAGACUGGCUCGGCUUUUAACAUAGUCGAAUCGCUUUCCCCAGCAGUUUCUGAACUCGGAUUCUACCCUCGCCGUAAUGCAACUCGUGCAUGUUCUACUGUCCCUAGGCUGAAUAUUUGGAGGCCGCUGACCGCUCCUGCUAAGGAGAUGCGCUUGAUUCCUUUCUGGAUGCUUUUCCCUCCAGCCCCUGAUCUCAGAUCAGCAACCCCAUAGGAGACAGCAGGGCAACUCAUACCUACUGCUUGGGCAGAGCAAAGAUAACUUGAAAUUAUAUAAUACUUUCUGACAUCAUCUGCCAUUUGCUGCCUCGCUGGACCAUAACCAAGGGCUGCUGGAAUGGGCUUGACCACAAAAAAUCCAUGAAGUAAGAUCAGGAAUCAGUUAGUUAUAAUAUGCAUGUGUCACUAGCUGAAGCCUUGGAGGUUCGAGGAGGACCACUAGAAGAAGAGGAAUUGUGGGCUGUUCUUAACCAAAGUGCUGAGAGUCUCCAAGAACUAUUGCGAAGAGCUGAUCCUGCGGCACUUGGUUUCAUUAUCUCACCUUGGUCUCUUCUGUUACUGCCCUCUGGGAGUGUGUCGUUUACAGAUGAAAAUAUCUCAAACCAGGAUCUGCGAGUCUUUACAGCUCCUGAGGUGCUUCAGACCAAGUCACUUUCAUCACUUUCAGCUAUUGAAAAAAUGCACAUUUAUUCCCUUGGAAUGACCCUGUACUGGGGAGCUGACUAUGAAGUACCAGAAACACAGCCAAUACAACUUGGGGAACGUCUGAAUAGCAUUCUUCUUGACAUGUGUGAUGAUCAGUUCUAUACCCGACUGUCCUCACGAACAGUCUUGGAUGGUUGCAGUGCCCAUAUCAGAAACAGCAAUUGUGCACCCUCAUACUACUACAUCAAGCAACUAGUUAAGCUUGUCCUUGGCAGCCUUUCUAGGGUUGAUCAGCUUGGACUCAAAACCGAGGAACCAGAUCGCAGUCAAGCAAUCCGUGACAGAUUAAGGGGUAAAGGACUUCCCACAGGGAGAACCUCAACUGUUGAUAGCUUUGAUGCCCAAACUGCUAUAUCACAGCAGGCCUUCUUUAAUCGUGGUCUUAGCAAAUCCAUGGGGUUUCUUGCAUUCAAAGAUCAAAGUGAGGAGGAGGACUCAUGUCAUUUCACAUCAUCUGACUAUAACUCUGGAUAUGAGAAUGAAGUGAACUCUCAUCACUCCCAUCAUCAGCUGAUGCCUAGUGAAUUAGAUAGGAAAAACUAUGAUAGUGGCCAAAGGAAAAAAAACUGGGUAUCUUCCUUUGACUUAUUAUCACUGAAGGAUCAAUCUACAGAAAAGGACUUCUCUACAAAUCAUCACAGGCCUCCUCGAUACCCUGAUACAGAGACUAUACAGAUUAGCAACCUGCCUAAAAUUAAAGAUCGCCAGCUGGAUGGAAGCUCAUCCACUUAUGUACUGGGCCCCUUUAGAUUGGAUCAAGCCAGACAUGGACCUGAGGUGCCAACAGCUGUUGCAAUUUCAAGUGCCUUGGACAGGAUUCGAGAAAAGAAACAAAAACUUCAGGUGCUGAGAGCAGCAAUGACUCUUGAAGAGCCAGCCAGAUUACAUCGAACGUCACACAGUGAUGCCUGCAGUUCCUCCAGUGAAAGCCAAUCCAUUGUGUCUUCAGACCCAGAAUUUAGGCAAGGCUUAAAAAGAAAGGAUUCAACAAGUGUUGUGGCUGGAUUAGAAGAUACAGAUCGACUACAGCUUCCAGGAUUGAGAUCCAAUCAGCAUUAUGAAAACCCACCAGAUGGUGCAAAUAUCAGGCAAGAGAUGCGAAAACGUCAAGAGGAAGAUAUGAUUGAAAUGCAAGCUAGAAUGGCCAUCAGGCAGUCACGGUUAAACCUCUACUCUGGUGAUGUUCCCCGAACUUCCAUGUUGGACCUUAAUAGGGAUCCUCUGAGAGAGAUUGCCAUGGAAAAUUCAUUGGCACAGAGAAAUCUGAGGAGCUUUUUGGGGCCAGAGUUUGUAAAGAUGACAACAGAACCUUGUGUUACGCUGGACCUUCCACCAUCCAUUUUGGCCAAGAAGGGAAAAACAGAUGAGAUCCGUCGGAAGCUAAACAUAAUCCUCCUCACCGGUCAGAGGAUUGAAUUGAUUUGUGACACUAAGUCUACAUGCAAGGAUGUCUUUGACAUGGUUGUAGCCCAUGUUGGCCUGGUUGAACAUCACUUAUUUGGUUUUGCGAUCCUAAAAGAUCAGGAAUUUUACUUCAUAGAUCUUGAACUCAAAUUGUCCAAAGUAAGCCCAGAUGGCUGGAAAGAGGAUACGAAAAAGAAAGGAAAAUCUGCCAUAAACUUCAACUUGUACUUCAGAGUCAAGUUUUUUGUGGAUGAUAUUAGCUUUCUACAACAUAGCCUUACAUGCCACCAGUACUACCUACAGCAGCGGAAAGACAUCCUGGAUGGAAAGCUAUACUGUGAUGAUGAAGCAGCUAUGCUCCUGGCAUCUCUUGCUCUUCAAGCAGAAUAUGGAGACUACCAGCCAGAAGUUCACAGUAUGUCCUAUUUCAGAAUGGAACAUUUUUUGCCUGCUAGAGUGACUGAGAAACUGGAACUCACUUACCUGAAAGAAGAGUUGCCCAGACUGCACAGUACCUAUGCAGGAGCUUCAGUAAAAGAGGCAGAGCUAGAGUUCCUAAGAGUGUGUCAAAAGCUUCCUGAGUAUGGUGUGCAUUUUCACAGAGUGCAGCCAGAGAAAAAAUCACAAACUGGAAUCCUUUUGGGGGUAUGCCCAAAGGGAGUGCUCAUCUUUGAAGUUCACAAUGGUACUAGGACUCCAGUGCUUCGAUUCCCAUGGAGAGAAACAAAGAAGGUCUCAUUUAGUAAGAAAAAAAUAAGCUUGCAGAACACAUCAGACAGCAUAAAGCAUGUGUUCCAAACAGACAGCAACAAGACUUGCCAAUACCUCCUUCAACUCUGUUCUUCUCAGCACAAGUUCCAGCUGCAAAUGAGGGCCAGACAGAGCAGUCAGGAAACUAAGGAGAUUGAAAUAACUUCUAUGAGGAGUCUAAACCUCCAGGCAGAGUCUGUUCGAGGAUUCAAUAUGGGUAGAGCCAUCAGCACUUCCAGCUUGGCAAGCAGCACAUUAAAUAAGACUGCAGUGAGACCUAUGUCCAUUCAGCCUGAUCUUUUAAAAAGACUUUCAUGCUCUGACCUAUCUGCCCUUCAAACCCACCUUUCCAAUGGAACAAGAGACAGAAAGACUAAAAAUCCAUGGGAGGAAAGACCAAGGAUCAUAAGCAAAUCAUAUCAUGACCUUAGUCAAGUUGCUUACUCACCUCAGCAGAUGAUGCUUAAUACCAGAAUGGACAAUCCCCCUUACAGCAUUGAAGGGUUGUUGAGCCAAGCAUCAUUAAAUCAAAUGGCCAUGUCUGAUGCAGAAUCAGUAACUGGAAAUGGAAGGUUAAAUAAAAGCUUCAGCAGCGUUCAUAGGAGCCUUGAUCUGCAGAAGCCAGAGUCUGAUUCAUCUUCUAUGGAUGACAGUGGUCAUGCCUAUGUUGUAGGUGUUAGUAUGCACAGUGUAGCAAAUACAUCUUCACCUGUUGUCUUCAAAGGAAACAAGAACCCAAAUAACUGUGUAACUCCUACGUCUACAUCUGAUAGAGAGAUUACCCUGGUGAAGCUUAAGAAAGAUCCCAAGUACGAUUUUGGAUUUCAGAUUGUGGGUGGUGAUACAUGUGGAAAGGUAGAACUUGGAAUAUUUAUCAGUUCAAUUACACCAGGAGGACCAGCAGAUCUUGAUGGUCGCUUGAAACCAGGGGACCGCCUAAUAUCCAUAAACAGUGUUAGCCUAGAAGGUGUCAGCCACCAGUCUGCGUUAGAUAUUCUUCAAGGCUGCCCAGAAGAUGUCUCCAUUCUUGUGUCUCAACCAAAAGAAAAAUUUCUUAAAGAUAAUCAAUCCACUCAUUCGAGCAGUCAUUCACAACGUGUAUUUCCUCUUCAAGACAUUGAGGCAGAUUCCUCCUCAGAGGAACAAAGCAAGUUACGUGGGCACCAGAGACUAAUAUCUGGCAGCUCAUUUGGGAUGUCAGUAGGCAAAUGUGAAGGAAGUUUAAGUUCCCAGGACUCACGGACAGAAAGUGCAAGCUUAUCAAAUAGCCAAAUGAAAAGCCCAAAUAACUCUGCUAAAGAGCACCCUGCAAAGCAAUCCGCACGUACUGCCAAGUACCCCUCACUGGACAGUACUAAGGCUGGAGACAGAAAGAGAACACAAGGGGAUGGCGGAAAAGGAAAAAGGUCAGGUUUGACGGAAUCAGUAGACUCUGAUAGAGGAGACUCUGACAUGGAUGAAGAAACCUAUUCAAGUAGCCAGGAGCAAAGGACAACCAAGAAGGAAUCCACUUUUGAGAGGGCAGCACAGAAAGUGAAUUGCACGAAGCUUUCUCCGACACCCUUGAAGCCCGGAGAUGCAUUCUUUGUAGUUCUGGAAAAGAACGAUGACAGCUUGGGGAUAAGUGUCACGGUACUGUUUGACAAGGGUGGUGUAAACACAAGCGUGAAACAUGGUGGAAUAUACGUAAAAGCUGUUAUCCCAAAAGGAGCUGCUGAAGCUGAUGGGAGAAUCCAGAAAGGGGACCGUGUGCUUUCUGUCAAUGGGACCAGUUUGGAAGGAGCUACACAUAAACAAGCUGUGGAAAUGCUACGGAAUACUGGACAGGUGGUUACUCUGCAGCUAGAGAAAGGGCAGCUUCCUGUCACUAAAGUUCAUGCACCAGUCACACCCCAGGGCACAUUGCCAAGUCAACAUGAUCAGGUUGUCCUGCAAGGGAUGGAUAGGAAGAAAACCCUGGACUACAGCUUUGUAACUGACGAGAAUUUAUUUGAAGUGAAAUUAAUAAAGAACAGUUCAGGCCUUGGCUUCAGUUUUUCUCGGGAAGAAAACAAUUUUCCUGGGCAGGCUGGCUCAAGUAUUGUGCGAGUAAAGAAGCUGUUCCCUGGGCAGCCAGCUUCCGAGAGUGGCAAAAUAGACAUAGGGGAUGUAAUUUUUAAGGUGAAUGGAGUCGCUCUGAAAGGCCUAUCUCAACAGGAAGUUGUUUCUGUUCUGAGAGGAACUUCUUCAGAGGUCACCUUGUUGAUGUGUCGACCUCCAGCUGGAGUAUUACCAGAAAUCAGUCCAUCAAUGCUGACCCCGUUAAAAUCCCCACUCCCAUCUAAGUCAAAUGAUGGUCAAUGUAACACAAAGGGUACUGGUAACAGUUCCGAUGAGGAUGAAGAAGCAAAUGAGAAAAGCAUGAGACGGUUGAAAAACCCAUCUAGAAGGGAUAGCUACAGCGACAGCAGUGGCACAGGAGAAGAAGACAUCAUAUCUGUAACAGAUGAAAUUGCUACAUGGAACGCAACCAUCUACCAAACUCCCAGUAGCGCUAUUGCACCAAAUCACAGCCAGUUCAACACACCAGGGAUCCGGGAAGAUACAAUUCACACCAACUUCUACACCCCUCAAGAGUCCCCCUGCAAACCAGAAUUGGAGGACAGCAGCAAUCCUCCUUCUCCCAUGCCUUAUGAUUUGACACCAAACCAAAGUGCAGUUAUCCCACAGAUUGUACUUCCAGAUGCUUUUCUAUCGGAAUCAUUCUCAGAAGAGCAGUUGUCUAUCAAGAGCCUUGGGUUGAAAGACCUCGAGGAAUUUGAACCUGAGGUAGAGCUCCACGUCACCCUGACCAAAUCCGAGAAGGGGAGUCUGGGCUUCACAGUGACCAAAGCCAGUGACUGCAUUGGCUGCUAUAUCCAUGACAUUAUUCAGGAUCCUGCCAAAAGUGAUGGACGGCUACGGCCAGGAGAUAGGCUUAUUAAAGUUAAUGAUGUUGAUGUGGCAAACAUGAGUCAUACAGAAGCAGUCAAUUUACUAAGAGCUGCACCAAAGACAGUGCGCCUUGUGCUUGGCCGUGUUCUAGAGUUUCCUAGGCCCCAAUUCCCUUCACAUCUAUUGCCUGAUAUUGUAUUGACCUGCCACAAAGGAAACAUAGGCCUACAGCUUUCAAGUGGUCCAGAUAGUGUUUCUCAGAAUAUUUAUAUACAGAAUAUCAAGGCAGGUUCUGUAGCUGACUGUGAUGGAAGCUUGAAACCUCAAGACAUCCUACACUAUAUCAAUGGUGAAAGCACAGUAGGAAUGACUAUAGAGGAAGCAGAACAAGCCCUGGAAUCAUCUUUACCUACUGUUGCAUUAAAAGCUACAAGGGAUGGAACCCCUGUUGUUCCUACAAGCAGGAAAACUGUGAGCCAAAGCCCAAAGACAACAAAAAUGAACGGUUUUUCAUCUGAUGAAGGCAUUAUCUGCAUACAAGCUGCUCCUGAUGUAUUUACUCCAGAGGCAGGUAUAGUUCAAAUUUUAUUGGAAAAGCCUGCCAGUGGAGAGUUGGGAUUUUCCCUUAUAGGAGGCGAAUAUGGUAUAUUUGUGAAGUCCAUCAGUCCUGGGGGUGUAGCUGACACAGAGGGCAGCUUACAGGUUGGAGACAGAUUGCUUCAGGUUAAUGGUGAAAAUAUGAUAGGAGCCACACAUGGCAAAGCUGUGGCAAGUAUUCGAAAAACAAAGGGGACACUUCAAAUCAGUGUGGCCAGAGAAGCCAUGCCAUCAGACACUACAAUCCUAAACUGCAAUGGAAAUAUAGAUUCCAUGACUCACAUUGAAGAUAAUCGCUAUAAUGAAGAUGAAGAUAAUGAUGUCAUCCAAUCUCUACUAGAUGUUGUUCAUGAACAAACCCAAAAUCUUCUAGAGCUCAAUCUCCAGAAUGCACUUUUGAGUGAACAUUUUUCAGUGGAACAAAUUGAAGAUGGUUUAGAGGAAAAGGCUGAGGACACAGACUGUGAUGGUUCAUCAUUGCCCGAUGACUCUCCAGAGCAAACCAAAGUAAAUGGAGUGGGUUAUUACAGGAAUAAAGAAAGGACUCAAAGAUCUGCAGUAGAUGAUGAUAUUACUUGGCCAAGCACUGGAGGCCAGUAUAAGUUAUUUUACAAAAACUUUUCAGUGACAAAAGAAGAUCUCUCAUCUCUCUCCCUGGUGAAAGUACAGCCAUCGAGCAGGUAUACAGGAUUCAGCUUAAAGGCAGUUAUACAAUCGAUUCAUGGCAAACUUGAAGAAAACACUCCGUCAAGAGAGUUUGAACUCCUUCAGGAUUUAAAACCCACGGAUGGCUGUCUUAUUGGACAAACUAAAGAAAAUAAAAAGAAAAACCGGUACAAGAACAUACUACCAUAUGAUGCCACAAGAGUUUCAUUAGGAGCAGAAAAUGACUACAUCAAUGCAAGUUUUAUCAAAAUGCCAGUUGGCAACGAGGAGUUUGUUUAUAUUGCAUGCCAAGGACCUCUUCCUAGUACAGUGUCAGACUUUUGGCAAAUGGUAUGGGAGCAAAAUUCCUCAGUGAUUUCUAUGAUGACUCAGGAAAUUGAAGGAGGGAAAAUUAAAUGCCAGCGUUACUGGCCUGAAGAACCGGGCAGACCCCUAAUGAUAUCUAAUCAGCUGCAGCUAACAUUGGUAAUGACCCAGCACUUGGAGAGCUUUGUCUUAAGAGUCUUGGAACUACAUGAUAUACAGAGUGAAGAAGUUCGACAAAUUGCUCACCUGAAUUAUACAGCUUGGCCGGAUCACGAUACCCCUAGUGAUCCAUAUCAGUUACUUACAUUUAUCUCUUUCAUGAGACACAUCUACAAGUCAGGACCCAUCAUUACACAUUGCAGUGCGGGCAUUGGCCGCUCAGGCACACUCAUAUGCAUAGAUGUCAUGCUGGCUCUUAUCAGCAAAGACUUAGAGUUUGACAUCUCCAAUAUGGUGCAUACAAUGCGACUUCAGAGGCAUGGGAUGAUCCAGACAGAGGAGCAAUAUAUUUUCUGCUAUCAAGUUAUACUCUAUAUUCUUAAACGUCUGCUGGCAGAAGAAAAAACGGUGAAAUAGCUUUUGUUCACAAGCUGCACGUGGACAGGACUUGGUUUUAGGAUUAAUGCUGUGCUUACUUUUAGAAAUCCAUACUGAAACAUGGCACAUUGUCAUGUGUAUCAGUCCAGUCAGCCACCAGCUGAAUUAUGGGAAAGAAUUGUCUUUUUUUCAGCCUCUGCAACUGGGGCAUCUAUUGGUAGGGGGCAAUGCUGAGUGAUAUGUUCACAAGGCAUCUCGCCAUGUCCAGUAAUUUACAGACCAAGUGAUUGAGAAAAAAUUAAAGGGGACCUUUAACCUAAUGUAGAACAAAGCAAACUAGCUCACAGUGCUCUAUAGGCACUUUUGCAACCUACAUAGAAUUUUUUUAAUUCCAUGCUAUUAGGGUGCUGGAAAGCAGAACACAUUUCUUGAUUCUUAGCUAAUUGGUUCUAUCGCUUCUUGUCACAUUGAGCCAUAGAACCAAUCUGAUAAGUGUCAAGAAACUCUCCCUGCUUUAGUGCAAUGAGCUUUUAAAGUUGUGUGUCAGACUUUACCCAGGUCAAACAGCAGGGGACACUUUAUUAUAUUAACAGUGUGAGAUGUGCAUCAUUAUGGAAUGCAAUAAAAAUAAUGCAAAUUCAUGGAUUUUACAUUAAGUUCUAAUAAAGUUUCUAAUUUAGUAUAUGUUCCCUUUUAAAGGAACAGUUCAGUGUAAAAGAAAAACUAUUUUUUUUAUUUUGUGUGGGCAGUCAUUACAGUACAAAGGUACAAAGGGUACUGUAAUACCACUCACCAAAUGAUCUAAUGUCAACCUUUGCCAGAACUGUCCUUUAAGACAUUGGUUAGAGCACAUGAACUGCAUUUUAGUAGCUUCUUUAUUGCUGCAAUGUUCUGUCUGCUGCCUUCUAGCUGUUGCUGAACUGCAUUUCUCAACAUAUUUUUCAACAACAACUUAAAACCUUAGGCUUGUCUUAUAUUAACUUUGUUACAAACAGGAUGCCAAGUGCAGUAAUCAAGCUGCUUUUCUUUGGGGGGGGGGUCGCAAUGGGAUAUAAAGACCGUAUUUUAAUACAGUGAAAUUUCUUUAAAAAACUAGUUUGGACACCUGUUAUGCAUGUAUAUUUUGCAGCAAGCUUUACAGGUUUUUUAUAGCAAGUACUUGAAACCAGUAUUUAAAAUCACCAGAUUAUUUCUAUAGACCAAAAAAUUGUAGUAACAUUUAUUGUAAGUAUUACAUACAUUUCAUAAUGUUUACUUAUAUAGAGUUUUAUGUACUAUUUAUAUAAUUUUUUUUUUUAAAAAAGAAAUUGUUACAACGUGCCUGUAUGUUAGGGCGUUUC